UUAUUAUUAAUAAAUCAAUUACCAAGGGUACCAUCAAAUAAAAAUAUUUAUAUCAGAAUAUAUUAUAAUGUCUACAGAAAGUAUUUCCAAUGAUCCCAUUAAUAUUAACCUAGUCGACUUUUUUUAUAAAGAAAUUCUAAGACUGGCUGUUGAAGAUUAUUCUGAGAACCUACCAGAUGUCUACGAAAGCUCAGAUGAAGAACCCACAUAUGAUACAGAAUUCCACCCUGAUUCAGAUGAUGCAAGUGCUAAUGUGGUACGUCAAAGUGAAUUCCAAGAUUUUGAUGGUAGGUCAAAACUACAAACCAGAAUCAUUCUGAGUAUGAGUCAUUACCAACUCCAGAAAGAUAAAGAGAUAUCAGGAGGUACCCUAGAGAGACCUGGGACACCUUACAGAAGUGGUAUAAGUGUCAUCUCAGAAACAGAACAAUUAACAGAAGGUGAUCCUCUUAUUCCAAGCAAUACCUCCUUGAAAGUACGUGAUGGUGACUCUGAGAAAUUCAUUGUAGAAUGGUAUGACCAGGAUAACUCAACUGUAGAAAAUAAACGCAUCAGAUUCAAAUCAGGGACGGUUUAUUGUGGGGAAGUGGUAAACCAUAGAUUUCAUGGUACCGGGAUGUAUAUCUGGCCCAAUGGGGUUGUCUACAAAGGUAGUUUUGAGAAUGGUACCAUCACGGGUUUCGGGAAGUUGAUUUAUAAUGAAUUAUCUUAUUAUCAAGGUAUGUUUGUGGAUUGUAACUUUGAAGGUACCGGGAGUUUCUUCCCAGGUGCCGUACCUGUUGCCUAUUCAGGGAAUUGGUUCAGGAGUUUACCACAUGGUAAAGGUCACCUUAGUUUCUCCGAAAAUAACUACUACACAGGUGAUUGGUGCCAUGGUAAGAAACAUGGUAAUGGUACCCGUGUAUAUGCAAACAAAGCAGUCUAUAGUGGUACCUGGAAAAAUGGUAAACCCUCCGGAGAAGGAUCCAUGCUUUUUUCAAAUGGAGAUUAUUACCAUGGUGAAUGGUCUGAUGGUAUACCAAAUGGUUACGGGGAAUACACUUGGAGAGCAUACCUGAAGACCGGAAUGAGUUAUUCAGUCAAAAGUCAAUAUACAGGGUAUUUUGUGAAUGGUCUCAGGGAUGGUUAUGGUGUACAGGUAUUCGGCAUGGAUGGUUCCAAAGUAGCUGCGUUGUUUAGUGACAAUAGAAAAAACGGAGCUGGUAUUCUUAUCUGUGGAGAUGGUACCACCAUCGAAAUGAAACCCUUGUUUGUUUUUGAUCACCCUGUAACACUCCGUAACUCUGAGAAUCAGAUCCCAAGGACCAAUGAACGCCAACAUUCACAUACCAUGCAUAAAAUCUCUACAAAACCCAGGAAAUCGGUUUCUGGGUUGAGGGUCAAAUCAAUCAUCAAUUCAGCUCUGAGGGAAAGCCCCAAGGAAAACACCUCGGAUAUGUACUACUCCCGAAGUAGGGUGUCCAACAUAUUCCCUGCGAUUUACACUCGAGGUGUACCUUUAUCCCUACCUCUACAUGCAACUGCCAAGGAUGUAUCCAUAUGGUACCAUGUCAGGAAACUAUUGGAUUACCAUCAUAACCUCACUCAGAAUCAAUUUAAUUUAUCCAAAAUGGCUGAAGAUAAUGAAAGACACCUUCUAAGUAGAUCCAUAGCUAAUAACAAUGUGUAUCUCAAGAAGGUAUACCAGCAAUAUUCCACUCUGAACCCUUUACACACCUGUUGUCCAGAACUGCGUAAUCCUGUCUUAAGCCGACUUAGGUUAUGGCAAUUUUUACGAGAUAUAAACAUAACAAAAUUGAAGGUAUCCCUAGUGGAUAUCGACCUGUUAUUGUUAGACAUACCUAACAUCCAUCUGGAAUCUGAACAUGACCCAUUCGAGACCAUCUACUUCUGGCAAUUCAUGCAUUGCUUACUUUUACUGUCGUACCUUCAAUAUACUUCGAGUAAACCCGAGGAGAAUACCCACUUUAAACCAUGGACAUACCAUGAAAUUUUCAGGACCUUUAUCUGGGAUGUGGUGAGACCCUCAGAGGGUACCUUCAAAGGGCGUGCGUUGUUUUCAUGUCAGGAUCUGUUACCGAUUCAAGGUGUGUAUGCUUUGUAUAAAACAGUUGGUGAGCCACAUUCUGCAAAGGUGUUACUCAAUAGGAUCUGUUGUCGGGCUGAUAGACCGGUUUUGGAUUGUUUCGUCAGGUCUAGAAGGGUUUAUGACCCGCAGGGACCUUUUAAGCAUUUUGUUAUUGGUGGGGCUAAUAUUGCUUAUAUUAAGGUGAGGGAGAAGGUACCCUGGGAUGUGGAGGAAGCGCCUGUUUUGAAUAAGUAUAGUGAUGACCCUUUUUCUACUGAUUUGAGGGUUUUUAGGGUUCUGGGGUCGAGUAAAGUUGUGGAGUGUAUUAGUAGGGUUUGUGAGAAUGUCAAAGAUGGGGAGGAUAUUGUUUUUAUUGAGUAUCAGAUUACUUUCUUGGAGUUUUAUGAGAUUUUGAUUAAUUUGGCUGAGGAGUUGAGUAAGGUUAAGAAUUUGGAGGAUGGAGGGGUUGUGGAUAAGGUGGGUGAUGAUAAGAGUGUUGAUAACGUGGUUUCAGUACAUGAUUCUAAUGUUGGAAGAGGUGGGGGUGUGGGAAUGAAGAAAAAGAAGAAACAUAAAGUGACUUAAGUUAAGUCACUUUGGGAAAUAAAUUGUUUAAAUUAAUAUUGCGGGUGAACUAUAAAAGAUAUUAACACGUAUGAUACGUCAAAUAAAAGCUGAUUAACUGUA